AGAAGUAUUCAACAUACUUUACCUUGUUCCCUGUCUCAGUCUUUUAGAGUCAUCCUGUCCUUGUACUCCCUACCUCAGUCCUGUCCUUGAGGUUGAUAUACAACAUAGUCCCUGGGUUAGCUAAAACCUGCAAAAUCGCCAUGCUUUCCCUUGCUCCCUGUCUCAGCACCCAGCUGCGCCACUUUCCCUGCAGCCUCUGAUCCCGCUCUGCUCUGGAGCCUCUUGCUCCCAUCCCCCAAGUGUCCGAGCUCCUCCCAGAGUUUUACUGUUGUCCGGAACUGCGUAAGAUUUGGGGAAUUUUGGCAGACCCCUGUGUUUCCUGCAGCUUGGCUGGGUGUGGUGAGAGACCUCUCUCUCGCUCCUGCUCCUGCUGCAGCACAGAUGGGGCUCCCCUGGGGCUGCGGCCGCCCCAGCCUCACCGGCCAUGCCAGGGGCCUCCUGACUUCCCUCGUCACUCUGCUCCUCCUCCGGCUGGGCUCAGCCCAGCUCAGAGUGGAGGGACCAGACCAUCCUCUCACUGCCACCGUGGGGCAGGAUGUCGUGCUGCCCUGCCACUUGUCCCCUCGACGGGAUGCUCGCACCUUGGAUGUCAGGUGGAUCCGGGAUGAUUUGUCUGAGACAGUGCACCACUACCGCAAUGGAGAGGACCUGUACGGGGAGCAGAUGGGGGCAUAUGCUGGGAGGACAGAGUUGGCCAGAGAUGGUCUCUCUGCUGGAAGCCUGGACUUGCGAAUCACGGGGCUGAGACCCUCUGAUGAUGGCCGGUACAUCUGCACUGUGGAAGACGCUGAUGCUUAUAACGAAGCCAUUGUGGAUCUGGAGGUGUCAGCCACAGGUGCUGACCCCCACCUCUCCCUGGGGGGCUACGAGGCCGGAGGUGUCCGGGUGCUGUGUCGAUCGGCCGGCUGGUACCCGCUGCCGCAGCUGCUGUGGAGGGAUGCUCGCGGGCAGCAUCUGCCCUCGGUCUCCCAGUCACAUUCCCAGGAUCAGGAGGGGCUCUUUGAAAUUGAAGGCGCCGUCAUCAUGACCGGGAGUAUGGAGGGGCCCUUGUCCUGUGUGGUCAGGAGCAGCCGCCUCCAGCAGGAGUGGAAAUUUUCCCUGCACAUCACAGCUCCCUUCUUCCACAACGCCCAGCCCUGGAAGGUGGCUCUGGCUCUGGUCCUCGUGCUUUUGGCUGUGUCCAUUGGCCUCGGUGUUUAUCUCUUUCUGAAGAAAGCGGCACAGAGCCGAGAGCUGGUGAAUACAGAUGCAAAGCUAGCACAAGAAACUGAAAAGCUUCUAAAAAAAGACGCAAAGCUGGAGGAACAAGCUGCAGAGAUCGGGGAAAAAGAUGCAAGAUUGGCGGAACUGGCUGCAGAGCUGGAGAAAAAAGAUGCAGAGCUGAUGGAACAAGCUGCAGAGCUGGCAUGGAGAAAUUUUCUGCUGCCUCAAAAUACAGUGAAGGUGACCCUGGAUCCACGCACUGCUCAUCCUGAGCUCAUCCUAUCAGAAGACUGCAGGAGAAUGAGAUGGGAAAUGAAACGGCAUUGGGUGCCUGUCACACCGGAGAGAUUUUACAAUCGGUGCUGCGUGCUGGGCCGUGAGGAGUUCAGAAAGGGGAGGCGCUGCUGGUUGGUGGAGGUGGAGGGGCAGGGCUUAGAGUAUUCUUGUUGGGCUGUUGGAGUGGCCAGGGCAUCGGUGAAGAGGAAGGGGGAGAUCAACAUGAGCCCUGAAGAAGGGAUCUGGGCUGUGCAGUACAAUGAGGGGCAGCUCACGUCUCUCACAUCUCCUCCCACCCCCUUGUCCCUGUCCCCUGUCCCCACGAGGAUCUGGGUCUGUCUGGACUGUACCCAGCAGCAGGUGUCUUUUAUCAAUGCUGACAAUGGGGUCGAGAUCUUCACUUUCACAGCAGCCUCCUUGAAAGGGAAGAGCUUCCAUGCCUGGUUCUGUCUGGAGACACAGGGAAUUCAGCUGUGCCUGAGGGGCAGCACCCCCUAGACUCAGUCCCCAGCCCUGGAGGGCUCCUGCCCUUCUCCAGCCACUCCUGCAUCACCUCUCCUUGGUCCUGCAGGAGCAGUGCAGGAAUGAGGGGCAGUGGGGCUAGGGGCUGCCCCAUGUUCCUCCUUGUUGCUGGAGGAAGGCUGGGAUGCUGCAAGCAGGGGCCAGGUGCCUUGCGGACCCUGGGCUCUGCCCUGCACGCGGAUCCUGUGCUGGAGCACAAGCCCUGCUGGCACCCGCAGGUCUCAGCUUGCCUCUGAGCCCCAGCGGGCAGCACAGGGGCUGCAGCAGCUCUCCACGCUCCUCUCCCCUCUGCUUGCACUGCUUGCAGGCCCCAGCGCAAGGGAUGUGGUCAAUCUGUGCUGCCGGCCAUUGCAGGUCACCUUUGCCUCCUGCUUUGGGGUUGAUCUUUGCUCUGUGCCUGGUGCUGAGCAUGAGCAGCCUGUGGGGGCUCUUUGUUCCCUCCUCUGGAGCACAUCAAGGCGCAGCAGCAGGAGGCCUGUGGCAAAUAAAGUUUUGCACAGGAA